GUCCUAAUAUUAGACGUGGUGGACAUAUAUUUUGCAAGCUCGAUGAGAAAUGGUCUCUGUGCCCGUGAAAAUCACGUUGGACGAAAUAUAUCUUUCCUUACUCUUGCUUGCACGACCAACAGGCUUUGUUGACAGACGAAAUGCCGUUAAUCUCACUCGACAGAAGAGACGUCUUGCUUUAGUGUCGGGUUCUCGAAUCACUGUACUAUCUGCCUGCCAAUGCUUGCCGGGAUCCGAAGGUGCUGCUGAUGAGUAUGCCUGGAAAGUCGUCGAUCGGCAUAUGCAGCGUUUGUUGAUCGCGUACCCUAUCAUCUUCCAGAGAGACUACCACAGGGUUCCAGGGCCACGUUGUUCAACUGGGGCAAUUGUUGGGCAGCUCCUGCUGUUUAUCGCUGCGAGCCAGCCGCAAAUUGCGCGCCUGGGCCAGGACGGCGGGCCGACCUUGGAAUUUCGGGAUUGCAGUGUUCUCCGGAGGCUUAACAUGGCUGGGCCAGAUGAGAAAUGGAUUGGAUCGGAUCAUCACUAGUCUUGUCCUUUUAACCAUGUUUCUGCCAUGGUUGGCUCAUUCGUUUAGAGUAUGAACCGGACAGUAAGUUCCAUCGGAUUGCGCUGCUGUGUAGGAUGCUAAGUUGGACAACAGAAAAGCCGAUCUGUUGCUACAACGCAUACCUUUUGGCAGUCAGCCGCAGGGACGCUAUGCUGCUGUUUUCGACUCAGUCGGUACGGUCUUCCAGCUCUCGUAAAGACGUCUCUGAGACACGCGAUCAGUAUUGAGAUGGCUGGACGGGUGACAGGCCU